GAGGCUUUACGGUAAACCUCAUCAGCGAGCCAUGGGUGGAGGCGGCAAAUGCGUGCUCCACUGAUGCGCCCUCGGAAGUGAGCGGGUGGCCACUGAGCGGACUAAUGAAGGAGCAAGGCGUUGGUGUUCUUAAACUCUGCAAGUGAAUGCGGCCGAGUUCUACAUCGUACCUAGAUACAUGUCAAGGCGCCGCGAGUAAAGGAGAGCGCAUUCGGCAUGGAAUGCGAGGUACACCGCAGCAGCGCAACCAUGCCGGAUAUUCUCACCUCAAUUACAUGCCCCGUAUCCAGUUAUACCAAGCAAUCGACAUUGUUCACCCGGAGACCGGUGUAAACAUGAACACGAUGAUCCCCGGGCUGGUCAAGUACAGUCACGUCCGCAAAGACAUACUGAACGAGCGGGGUACUGUCGAUCCAGCGAAGUUCAAGGUAAUCAGCGGCUGGAUGACCUCGCGUAUGCUCAUAUCGAGAGCGCGUACACGCUGCAAAUACCGGUGUGGGCUGAGGAAGAGGAGAGAAUACAGGCCACAUUGAGUGGCUAGUCAUCUGGCGCUUAAUGUUGUGGAUUUGUCUUU